AUGUCAAAACCAUAUGAUAAGUAUGUGAAAGUGGUGGAAGCUGAAUUCCCAAGAAUGACACUGCAUUCAACUAUACCUAGUGGUGCUUCAUUAGCUGUUGUGUUUGAUCAUUAUAGAUUAAAAAGAGAUAGAAAGAGUAAUCAUAGAAGAGCUGUUAAUUUAUUCUUUAUGGCUGGUACUGGGAUGACUAAAGCUAUAUGGCAAUAUCAUAUCAAGAGAUUAUUCCAAUACUCGGAAGAUAAUGAAGAUUCUUUAUCAUGGCAAUUAGUUAACGCUGUAGCUAUUGAUUUGGUUAGUCAUGGUGAAAGUGCAGUUGAAAAUAAUGGUAGAUUAGGUUAUGCUGCUGAUUGGAGAGAAGGUGCUCAUGAUUUGAUUCAAGUGGCUAAAAGUCUAAGGUUACAAGGUAGUAAUGUUGUUAUUGGUCAUUCUAUGGGUGGGUAUCAAUCUCUUUAUGCUUGUACUUUGGCUCCAUUGAUGUUUGAACAUGCUAUAAUUAUUGAACCUGUGAUUUAUGGUGAUGAUUCAUAUACUGCUAAAAUGGAAAAGAUGAAUCGUUCUUUAAAUAAGAUUAUUAAAACAGAAUUCCCUAGUGAAAAUGAAUUUGAUUCUUAUUUUAGAAAAAAAAGUAUAUUUAAAAAUUUUAAUAAAGAAAUUCUUGAUGAUUUUUUAGAAUCUGAGAAAAUUAUUAAAAAAGAUGGUUCAACUUAUGCUAAAACUUCAAAAGAACAUCAAAUGAUUUGUUACCUAUGUGGAGGCCCUGCAAUUAAGAUAUGGAAAGAAGUUUUAUCAAAUGUUAACGUACCAGUGAUUCAUGUAAUGGGGAAACAAUCAACUUGGACACCAGAAGGAAGUUCAGAAAAAAUAAGAAAUCAAUUGAAAUAUGUUAAACCUUUGGAUAUAGAUGGUGGUCAUUUAUUAAAUUGUGAAGCACCUGGUAGUAUUAUUAAAGUUAUUCUUGAUAGUUUGAAUAAUAAUGUUGAUGGUCAAAAUGGUAAUAUUGAUCAAGAUUUAGGGAAACCUUAUCGUGAACUUUUUGAAGAGAAUUAUAAAAAACUAUAUUCUUCAAGAUUAUGA